AUGGAUCUGGCAGCAGAUACAGCUGGUGCUGUCGCCCACAUCGACACCAACAAAGACUUCUUUGUAUACGUCAACCGCACCCCGUCGUGCGCGUCAAAGCUCGCCGCUGUGUCUUCAGAUGACGGGUACGCCGAGCUGACAACCAGGAGACUGCCUCCAACUACGCUAAAGGCUAUGACCCAAGUCCCCGACGGUGGAGAGGGUGUUACGGCAUUUUUGGAACUCCUCAUGGUCACGGUUACUACAAGUGCAAGCAGUACAGGCGACGCAAAUCAGCCUGUCCCAUGGAUGAUUGAGGAGCGCCUGCCGUACCGCCUGAACGAUGGCUAUCCAGAGUCCUUCACGAAUGGCCAUACCAGCCCAUUGCUUCGAGCGGUCUGGAUUGGCUUGCAUCACUGGAAGAUGUGGGCGGCAUUUCACGAAAUUAGCCAAGACGGGCUCCAUGCCCUCCGCAGGAGGUUUGGAGUGUUCAGGUUCGCACUCAACUACCUUGGCGUCACGACUGUUCAUUACAACAACAUGACGUUGUUUCUUGCAUUGCUCCGCCCCAAGACCGCAGCCACCCCAUGGCAGCAGUUCGGGAAAAUCAUCAGAAGAAUCGUUGCGAGGCGUGCUGCGGCUGGAAGCAAGCGCUUCACCUUGUGGGACAUUCUCUACUUCCUGGACCUGUUCGAAAUCAUGCGGCCUGGCGGUCGCUCAAGCAUGUUCCCGUUCCCCUCUUGGACAAGAAGCCAGCUCUCUGAUUUCGGAUGUACCGAGGAUGAGGCCUAUCAGGCAGUAGCUGUGCACCUGGCAUUGGUCUAUCGCAAGAAAAUGCACAAGACGGCCGCAGGUCGGCUUCCAUUUUGUCAGAGGAUCCUCCGAGGCGCUAAACACCGUUCUAUCCUGAGCGAGCAUGAUAAGCCUACUGCUACGAUGAUAGCUACUUCUGAUCUCAAGGCGAAGUUUCAGCACUGA